AAGUAGGAAAGAAAUCCAAAAGGAAGUGUGGCAGCAGCGAAAGAAGAAAAAGGGCGAGAGCUGGCCAGCAAAAAGCAAACUGAUUCAUACAUUUACCAACUUCCCUCGUAUAGAAAAGAAACAUUACUUUUUGGCUACUCGUUUUCGUCAUUUUCUCGGCAGCCAAACGGAGAGGUUGAAACUCUUAAAGCCUGAACAACUUCGAAUCAGAGAGGACCGGUUGAGACUUCUCAAAGAAGCAUAAUGGAGGCCGUGGUGAUAGACGCUGGAUCGAAGCUACUCAAAGCUGGACCCGCUGUUCCAGAUCAGGCUCCGUCAAUGAUAAUUCCUACCCAAAUGAGAUGCAUGCCUGAAGGUGGAUCGUUGACUGAUGGUUCAUUAUUUGAGGAUAUCUCUGUUGAUCCUAUUGUGCGAGGUUUUAUUAGAGAUUGGGAUGCCAUGGAAGAUUUGUUACACCAUGUUCUAUACAGUAGCCUUGGAUGGGAAAUGGGCAAUGAAGGACAAGUUUUAUUCACAGAUCCACUGUCAACUCCCAAGGCUGUUAAGGAACAGUUGGUGCAAAUGAUGUUUGAAACAUUUAACAUAUCAGGCUUUUAUGCGUCAGAGCAAGCAGUAUUAUCGCUUUAUGCUGUAGGACGUAUCUCAGGCUGCACGGUUGAUAUUGGCCAUGGGAAGAUAGAUAUUGCGCCAGUAAUUGAAGGUGCAGUUCAGCAUGUUGUCUCAAGAAGAUUUCAAAUUGGAGGUAUUGACUUGACAAAGUUACUUGCUCAAGAACUCAAUAAAUCAAAUCCAUCGGUGAAACUCAGCAUCUCUGAUGUUGAAACAUUAAAGGAGCAAUACUCAUGUUGUGUUGAAGACGAAGUAGCUUAUGAAAAAACCCAACACUCAUGCCAGGAAGAGCAGCAUACUUUGCCUGAUGGACAGGUGAUUACAGUUGGAAGGGAAAGAUAUGCUGUUGGCGAGGCUUUAUUCCAACCAUCUAUUUUGAGUUUAGAUGCAGAUGGAAUUGUUGAGCAGCUUGUUCGCAGUAUUUCAACUGUAUCUUCUGAGAGCCAUCGGCAGCUUCUGGAAAACACUGUACUUUGUGGUGGAACUGUUUCUAUGCCUGGUUUUGAAGAAAGGUUCCAGAAAGAAGCUGCCAUGUGCUCGGCUAUUGUUCGUCCUUUGUUAGUGAAGGCUCCGGAAUAUAUGCCCGAAAAUUUAAAAAUGUAUUCAGCAUGGGUUGGGGGUGCCAUACUUGCAAAAGUUGUGUUCCCUCAGAAUCAGCAUAUAAACAAGGCAGAGUAUGAUGAAACCGGACCCUCUAUUGUUCACCGAAAAUGCUUCUGAGUACUGUUCAUCUAAUGAGAUUACCAAAGUCUAGUUCCUUCAUUCGUCCUCGUCCCUCUUAACAUUUUUGAAGCACGUUGACGGUUGUCGGUAGCAGAAAACCAUAAUCUGACCCAGAGUUUCCACAGGAAUAUACAUGUUAGCACAGCAGAGUAAUUGAUGUAAUCCUAAAGUUGUGAUUGAUUCAUUUCUCUUAGGUUUAAAGGUCUGCUUUUAUACAGCAGCGGGCAAAGUAAAUUUGAUGGUUCAAUAGCAAAUUCCUCUUUACUCAUCCUGCUUAUUUAUUGGAACAUGUAAUUACUGUGGUAUAUAUUUUUUAUUUAAACAUUCAGUAUAUUUUUUCUAUUGGAAGAUCAAA